AACUUCCGCGGGGCGGUGGGGCCGCCAUGGCGGCAAAAAGUCCUUCUGAUAGUACUCCAAGAAGGCCUGUUUUAUCUGUCAGUGCAAGAAAAAUUAAAGAUAAUGCAGCAGACUGGCAUAAUUUAAUGAUGAAAUGGGAGAGACUGAAUGAUUGUGGAUUCACUACAGCAAACAAAAUAGUCAACAUGAGGAUCAGUGAACAAUUUCAAGGCAACAAACUGGAGAUAGUAUGUGAUAACAAUGCCACAGAACCUGAAAAACCAACCCCAAAAUACAAUGAAGAGCUGGACAAUUGCUGUGCAGAAUUACUUGAGACUUUGAAGCAUAUGACAAAAAUACAACUGAAAAUGGAAAAGCUUACUUCSACUACUAAAGCAAUCUGUGACUUGGAAACAUUCCAUCAUGGAGCUGGGAAUUGCACAGCACCCUUCUUUCAUACAUGGCCCACACCAUACUUCUAUGAGGUUUCUCUGAAGCUCUCUGAAAUGUACAAGAAGGAAUUACAACUCAAGCAAACAAUUGUACAAGGCAUUGCUCAUUCUGCUGACCAGGAUCUGAUGAUGGUGUAUUUAUCAUCAUGGUUGUACCAGCCGUACAUUGAGAACAGCAGCACACUGCUCCUCGAAGCCAUGCUGCUGGAAACAGGACACAGGCAGUGCUAGAAUUCCAAAUGUUACAUGGCUGGCUUCUAGUGAUGCUUACAUGAAACUGAAUUGGCAAAUUGCAAGGCUUACCAAAUGUAAUUAUUAGACAGUCGGUACAAAAGAGUAUCAUGAAGAAUUGCUCACUGCAAUCAAAUAUUUUGAAAGAUCAGCAGAACUCUGCUUUGUAUGCUACCUUCACUUACAAGGUAGGUCUGUAUCUUUUGGCAAUUACCACCUCCUAAAAAAGGAAAAAAAACCCAAAACAUAUAGUAACUCAUUAAUAACUCAUUAAUUUACAGUACCUUUCACAAUGACACACAAAAGGCAAUGUUUUGGCUAAUCUAAUUCACCUUCCACUUAGGCAACCAAAGGAAAAAAAAACUCAAACAAAAAACCCUAAUCCAACUAUGUUUAAACGGACAUAGUAGAGCAGUUUAUUUGAUCUGUGAAUUGUCUUCUUUUGCUUAGAUUUGAUUUUAGUGUUUUUCUUCAGUAACAAUACUGUGAAGAAAAUAAAGAGUUCAUACUUAAGAGCUGUUCUUCUAUCCUUGGCAGAUUAUCCCAGUAGUUCCAUCUAUUCAGCAAUGAGUGAAACACAUUUUAAAKAUACGUUACCACUUUUCAGUAAUGUCUAUUCAUUUAAUGCUGUUCUUCACUUGUUAAAACUUCUUGAAAGGACAGUGUCUAGAACAAGAUGCUGCUAGGUCUCCACAAAAAUAUAAUAUGAGCCAAGGAUCAUACUGAAAGUAUGACAAAAAUUCAAGUAGUUUACCAAGUUUUGUCCCUGCCUAGAGAAACAGUCCCUUUGUAUUAUGAUUAAACAGUACAAGGUAGUGUGGAGUUACUAAGAAGGUCAAAGUGUAGAACUGAUAAAGGAUGCAUUAUCUGAAAGAAAAACAAAGURUAAUAUCACUCUAACAGAAAUAGGUCAUGACAGACUAAAGCAGAAAAAGAAUUCGGUACCUCAUUAAGAAAAAUUAGAUCACUACUCAUGCACUUUCCCAUUUAUGUCUAAGUAACAGAGUUUUUAAAGGUG